ACAGCAAAGCAGAAGAAGAAACACACUUGGAUAAACCACACCCAAACCAGCCGUUCCCUCUCCAUUCAUUUCCUUUUCUUUUCUUUUCUUUCCCCACACAACAAACAAACACAACACAACACAACACACUCUCACUUCAUCACUACAUAACGUUCGAACCUCCGAAAUCAUUCACCCUUUUUCUCUGCUACACCUUUCUUCUCUCAAAUCAUGUUCCUCUGACCACAAAACCAGACAAAAAUCCCUUCACCCUUCUCUCUCCCAUGGAGGGUUUCACGCUUCCCCUACCACCAAGACCUCACACCACCACCCUUCAAUGGAUGGAACAACAACAGCAACAGCAACAACAACAACAACAACAACUGGUAGAAGCUAAGCAUCACAACGAAGACGACAUUGCCAUUGCCAUUGCCAUGGCUGGUGGUACCCCUCUUCAUUUCUUCAAACCCAUGCCAGAAUCUGAACCUGACUACUACAACAUCAGCUCAGCAAUUGCAAACACUAAUGGUGUUAACAUAAACAACCCCUUUGCUUCAAUUUCCAACCCAGCUACCACUGAUAGCUUCGUCAUGCACCAGACCCUGAACAUGGACUCUUUCAAUCUUGACCCGUCAAAUUCACAAGGUUUUUUCAAUAGCAACAGUUUUGAAACUGGAUUUGACAGUGGAUUCUUCAUGGGUGGGAGCAGCAACGCUUCAAACUCCCCUGCUCUGAUGGGAUUCUCUCAGGGUAAUCAGAUGGGUACCCUCGAUCUGAGUUCGUGCUCUGAGUUUCCUCCUCCGGGUCUUGAACUUGAAGGGUUUGGUGCUCCGAGGGCUCUUGAGGCGGCGCAGCAGCCGACGCUGUUUCAGAAGCGGAGAGGGUCGGUGGAGAUUUCGAGGUUGGAGACGGUGAGGAAGAAGGGGAGGAAGUGGGAAGAUGGGGAUGUUGAGGCUGAUUUUGAUGAUUCUGGAUUGAAUUAUGAGUCUGAUGAGAAUGGGAAUGAUUUGAACUCAAAUGCCACCACUGUCUCUGGUGGAGACCACAAGGGGAAGAAGAAGGGUCUCCCUGCUAAAAAUCUCAUGGCGGAGAGGCGCCGUAGGAAGAAACUCAAUGAUAGGUUGUACAUGCUCAGGUCUGUUGUGCCAAAAAUUAGCAAGAUGGAUCGGGCUUCAAUACUUGGGGAUGCAAUUGAUUACUUGAAGGAGCUACUGCAGCGGAUUAAUGAUCUUCAUAACGAACUGGAGUCAACUCCACCUGGCUCAGCGCUGCCGCCUUCUUCAAGCUUUCACCCUCUGACACCCACUCCUCAAACUCUUCCCUGCCGAGUCAAGGAGGAACUAUAUCCUGGUGCCUUGCCAAGCCCUAAAAACCAGCCUGUGAAGGUGGAAGUUAGGGUAAGGGAAGGGAGAGCUGUCAACAUUCAUAUGUUUUGUACCCGCAGACCAGGUCUUUUGCUUUCUACUAUGAAGGCGUUGGACAACCUCGGAUUGGAUGUUCAGCAGGCUGUUAUUAGCUGCUUUAAUGGCUUUGCUUUAGAUGUGUUCAGAGCUGAGCAAUGCACAGAAGGCCAGGAUGUCCUCCCUGAGCAAAUCAAAGCAGUGCUUCUUGAUUCAGCUGGCUACCCGGGUAUGGUGUGAUUGAAGUGCUUGAUAAAUGCUCUACCCUUAUAGCGGCACUAACUGUAGUUGCUGUAGCUUGCUGUUUGUAAAUGCAUUGCUUCUUGUUGCCCUUUGUAAUGGCCUACCCGUCCAGGCCAAGAUCAAAUAGGUUAGCUAAAUCUGUAGGUUGAGGAGUUAGCUCUGAUAUUUUUCUCAAUCUUGAUUAUGAAAAAGCAAACUUAUGCUGUUAACUUUGUUUUUAAGUUUUGGAAUAAAUUGUUUUUUUUCUUUC